CCCCCUCUUCCUCUCCACUACCCCACACCACCCCCGCCAGCCGGCACGAAGCGCGGCGUUAAUAUCUCCACCCCUCCCUCUCCUCCCCUCACCCCCACAUCCUCCUCCUCCCACGAUCCCCAAAUCCUCCUCCGGAUUUCGCAUUCAGCGCGGCGCAGGUGGUGAAGGGGGGUAGAGAAGGGGAAGAUGGGGCUCGCGUUCGGGAAGCUCUUCAGCCGGCUCUUCGCCAAGAAGGAGAUGCGGAUCCUCAUGGUGGGGCUCGACGCCGCCGGUAAAACCACCAUCCUCUACAAGCUCAAGCUCGGCGAGAUCGUCACCACCAUCCCCACCAUCGGUUUCAAUGUUGAAACUGUUGAGUACAAGAACAUUAGCUUCACCGUCUGGGAUGUCGGGGGUCAGGACAAGAUCAGACCUCUCUGGAGGCAUUACUUCCAGAACACACAGGGUCUUAUCUUCGUUGUGGACAGCAAUGACCGUGACCGUGUUGUUGAAGCCAGAGAUGAGCUCCACAGGAUGCUGAACGAGGAUGAGCUACGUGAUGCUGUGCUGCUUGUUUUUGCCAACAAGCAAGAUCUGCCCAACGCUAUGAAUGCUGCUGAGAUCACUGACAAGCUUGGAUUACACUCCCUGCGCCAGCGACACUGGUACAUCCAGAGCACUUGUGCCACAACUGGCGAGGGUCUGUACGAGGGUCUGGACUGGCUGUCCAGCAACAUUGCUAGCAAGGCUUGAGGGGCCUGGCUUUGGAUAUCAACUGCGAACUGACUAGGAGCUCCGGAUGUAUCAUGGAAACUUAGGACAGAAUCGCUUCUGCAACCUGUUAGGUGUCUUCUGCCGGCACGAUAUAUUUUUUGUUUGGAAUAUGUAAUGAUGUCACUGUUGAAUGUUUGUUCUACCCUACUUCUACUGUUGGAUGUUCUUUGGACCUGUUCAUUUUGCACAAGGAUUGGAGUUCCAGUAUCAUGCUACUUUGGAAAGCUGUUACAUACAUUCGUAGUACCUGAUUAGUAUAUUGCCAAGUUAAUCGUCAA